AUGCACGGAAAACCAUGGCAUGGCCUGGCGGCCAUUGCUACCUUUAGUAGUUAUGCCCUUGCAAAUCCUUUUGGACAUUGGAAUAUGCCCGGGAAUGCAAGUGUGGAUACCGAGCGCUUGAUGGCGAGAGACACAACUGAAUUCGACCAGACAGAUCUUUCCUUUAUCAAAAGAAUGGCCGCCCUUGGUGACUCCUACUCGGCCGGAAUUGGCGCUGGUGGACGGCUUGGAACUAUUGUUGGAGCUCUUGACCCGAGCAAUUGGGCGUGCAGUCGCUAUGAUCACGCGUAUCCCUAUCUCGUCCAUACUGAUGACCGACUGGGUGAUGAAGAUGCACGCACGUUUCAGUUUAUGUCAUGUUCUGGUGCAGUCAUUAGCAACGUCGUCAACGACCAGAUCCCUAACAUUAGCGGGGACCAGCAGCUUAUCUUGCUAUCAGCUGGUGGCAAUGAUGUUGAGCUCUCGAACAUCCUGAACCAGUGUAUCUUCCAAUGGGCCGUAUUCAACCCUACUCAAGUGAAUGUAGCAAAGACUGCCGCUCUUGAAAAUUCACAAUAUACAUGGGCGAAGACCUUUGACUGGGAAUCAAUAGGUCGUGGCUGCGAUGGGCAGCUAGCUCGCACAAAACAACUUAUUGCUGCAGAUGCUUUCAGCAAAAGUCUUGAUUCUGUUAUAUCGGCAGCAAAGAAAAAGCUGGGAUCUGAUUAUGCCAAAUUCUUCGCCGAAGAUCUAUCAUCCGCGUGCGAUAGUGUUAGCUGGUCAACCUGGAUUUAUAAAUCAUACAACAUGUUCCAGGACACCCAGAAACUUACAAAAGAUCAUCGAAAGAUAAUGAAUGAUCUUGUUGAUGCUGUCAAUUCAAAAAUUGUUUUCAAGUUUGUAGACUACGAUCCUUAUGUUGGCAAGUUUAAAGGCCGCUUUUGUGAAUCUGGUGUGGACGAGUCAACAGUUGAAAGCAACACAAGAACUGGUCUAAUGUUCUACGAGCUCAAUACUUGGGACCCCCUCGGCCGCAAUCCCUGGAAACGAAGCCAGGACAACCCCUUGGAAGGAACAUUUGAGGGCGAUAUGAACAUAUUGGCCCAAAUCACACUUUUGAUGGAUCCGGAUGCCAAGUUAACAGACCAGGCUUUAAUCUCCGGGAUUUCGGCCGAUUCUCUUCCCACGUCUGACGUGGUGCCAUUCAGCACUGCCGCGGUUCCUGAUGUAGAAAUUCCCAACAUCCUGCCAGACGGAUACGGGCGCGUGUUUCAUCCUCAGAUUCUGCUUCAUGGGCUCAUUGCCGAGCGGGUUAUCUAUGAAAUAGUCAAUAAGAACGAGCAGGAUAAUGGGUUUCCAGCAAUCCCAGAGAAAUUGACAUUCGACUCAUGCCCUAACUUUCCUUCAUCAAAUUCAUCAAAUGGCCAGCAAAUCGCGGUAGCGUCGUACAUCAAUCCGCUCGCAGACCCGGCAGCAUGGGAUCGGCUGAUUAACUAUCCUACCAAGAAGAUGCCUAUAUUAGUUGCCAACGUCGUGAAUGGCCCUGAUUCUGCCGUUGACAAGACAUGGGCGGACGUGAUAGAUCGAGCUUCAGCCUCUGGUAAAACAGUCCUCGGCUACGUGCGGACUGGAUACCUUGGGGUGAGCGCUCAGAAAUUUACCACCCGGCUAGGCUCAGGCAGCCUGGCAGACUGGACGGCGCAGAUUGAGGAAGAUAUUGAUAUGUGGUACACGCUUUACGGUAGCAGCAUGGGGGGCAUAUUUUUCGACGAGGGUUGGCCUGAAUGUGGCGACAACGAUAAAUACGUGGACCUAUACAAAUAUAUCAACGACUACACCAAACGUGCCCAUCCCGGCGCAUAUACCGUCCUAAAUCCCGGGUCACCCAUGGCGUCUUGUUUCGAGGAUACGAUGGACACGCUCCUGACUUUCGAGUUGUCUUAUGACGCAUACAUGAAUUCCUACACACCUAAUGAUUGGACAGCAAAGGACCCGCGCAAAAUCUGGCAUAUCGUAUACAGCGUGCCUGAAUCUGCGGUUGGUAAGGUUACCAAGUUAGCUAAAGAACGUGGAGCUGGCUUCAUUCAGCUCACAGAUGACACUCUACCCAAUCCAUACGACACUCUGUCAGGUGUCUCCUACGUCAAGAGCAUGAUGGGUGGAAUCAAGGGUGGUUCCCUGUUGAACAAUCCUGCCUCACCCUGGACAUCUGGAAGCACGGCAGCAGCGGUGUCUGGACUGUCGGCAUCGACCUCCGACUAUACGUCUGCUAAAUUGUCCUGGGACGCGGCCUCUGAUGCUCUUGGCUAUCACGUGUACUUAGGCGAUAAACUUGUUGCAAGUGUUCCCAGCUCAAUGACUGCAAUAACCAUUGGCGGUCUCGGGUCAGGAGCUAGCCAUGCUUUCCACGUCAGCGCAGUUGGAGGAGGUGGUCAUAUAGGCACCUCUUCCAAUACAGUUACAGUCAAGACCAAAUCCUUGCCGAACGGGAAGACCAUCACCAAAUACCACUCCUCUCCUGGGGCAGAUUCGACCACUAUCCAGGCGGACAUUCUUGUCCCUUACGCUUUUAUCCGCCUCUAUAUCUGGAGCUCGGUGGGAUGUGAGUUCGACACCGAUCCGGGAUGGAGCGUCAACUUCAAAAUCGAUGAGUACGUCUGCACCCACUACAUGGUCGAGGGCACCACGCUAUACAAAUACAGUGGCACCCUUCCUAAAGGCUCCACAGCCCCACCGUGGGCGUGGUCGGAGGUCGGACCCAUUACUCUUGAUAUCACGAAGUACACUUAUACGUGGACAUUGCCCCUAGGAACUUCUAAGAUUGACACGAGCAAAUUCGUCAUCCAGGCACAGGGCUACAAUCCUUUAACCAAUGUCUUUGAACCAGAUCCCAGUGCCUAUGAUUGCAAGGGUUCAUCCAUGUGCACGACCCCGGAUCUGUUGAAGUGGUGCGACCACGCUGUCAAUACUCUGCAACGAUAUGAUGACCCCUUCUAUCAUGCUGUGUCUGAGUGGGUUCUCUUCCGUUUUCAGUCAUUGCUAUUUCUUCUAUGCUGA